AGCUGUCACUUCAAGAAUUCCCGCUGGCUUCUGCCUUCUUCUCCCUACAUCCCCAUACUGCAACUCAACUACAUCGCCCGGAGGACUACGACUGUCGAUCGGCGUCAACAUGGCCUCCCUCCAACGAAUCCUGGUGUCUUUUAUGGUCGUCCUGACCUUCGCUUUCGCCUAUUUUGCCCAGACGGCCGAAGCUCAGAAAGGCCCCAAGAUCACUCACAAGGUCUACUUCGAUAUCAAGCAGGGCGAUGAAGAGUUGGGCAGGAUCGUCAUGGGACUGUAUGGAAAGACGACACCAAAGACGGCCGAGAACUUCCGAGCUCUCUGCACGGGCGAGAAGGGCUUUGGAUACCAGGACUCUUCCUUCCACCGUGUCAUCAAGGACUUCAUGAUCCAGGGUGGUGACUUCACGAAGGGCGACGGCACUGGAGGAAAGUCCAUUUACGGCGCCAAGUUUGACGAUGAGAACUUCAAGUUGAAGCACUCCAAGAAGGGUCUUCUCAGCAUGGCCAACUCCGGCAAAAACACGAACGGCUCGCAAUUCUUCAUUACGACCGUCAUCACCUCUUGGCUCGACGGCCGCCACGUGGUCUUCGGCGAAGUCCUCGAGGGCAUGGACAUCGUUCACAAGAUCGAAAACACACCCAAGGGAGGAAACGACAAGCCUACUGUCGCCGUGACGAUUGCGAAGAGUGGAGAGUUGGAAGUGCCAGCAGAAGGUAUCAGAGCUGAACUCUAGUCUUCAUACUUCUUGAAAUACUACCUUGUCCUGGUCUCGAAGGCGGCGCUGAACCGAUUGCUCCCCUCGACGAGGACGAAGUCUUUACAGGCAACAGUGGCAAAGCCAUGGGCGGAAGCAUCUCCCAGGAAACUGUUGCUGACUUCAAGUCUGACGUUGCAUCUCACUUCAGCAGCGAGGGCCUCGUCAGCAGUCCUAAGCAGAGCAUGGGCUAUCCUUUCAAGCUAUUCCUCGUGGCUUGCAUCUUGUUCGCCUGUUGGAUGUUUGUGCAGGCGCAUGGAAGCAGGAGGGGAAGUGCUGCCGGGCUGUAAGGUGGUACGCGAAAGUGUCACAAAGGCGGCCAAACAGUGACAUAAAACAGGAUAAUGGUAUGACGCGACAAUGAGUAGAUACAGGAUGUAGUAUUGGAUAUUCCCAUAUCUAGUACAUCACGACAAGAUGUUACAAAGCUCUUUGUGAGAAC